AUGAGCAGAUUGCUUCAAGGAAGAUGUCCUUUGCGCCUCGGCGACCUCUUUAAUUGGCACGUUGGCCUUCUCAACAACAUCUCUUGGAGCCUUUGGGGUGCUGGAGCUUUUCACGUGGGGCUGCAGAUCUACGACGUGGAGUAUGCUUUUGGAGGCGUAGAACGCGGAAUUGACGGCAGUGGGAUCACAAAAUGUGAGCCGUGCAGCUGUCCAAAGCAUUCAUUCCGAGAAAGUCUAUGCCUUGGGGUCACGGCCCUCAGCAAGGAGGAUGUGGAUGAUCUCCUGCGUGAAUUGGCGCCCGAGUGGUCCGUGCAGGAGUAUGAGACGCUGGGCCCCAAUUGCAUCACCUUUUGCCAGUGCUUGAGCCAACGUCUGGGAGUUCGCGCUGUGCCUCGGUGGGUCGAUUCCAUGGUCCGAAGUCUGAAGGAGCGGCAACAUGUGGAGGUGGAAGAUGGCACUCGCGGCAUUUGUCCAGAUGGCCAUGAGUGCCAACUGCAGAUGCAAGCUCUCCUAGCGAGUCUCGUGGAGGUGCUCUCUUGCGAGGUCUGCGGCGAAGUAAUCAGGGCUCAAGUCCCUCACUGGCACUGCAGGGAGUGCGAGAUCGAGAUUUGUGAGGGCUGCGCUGGUCAUAUUUGGGACUUUUAG